GCGGUUGUGUCCUCAUUCUCAGUAGAAAUUUUGUACAGUACGCCUGCUUUGGGUUAUUUGGCAUCAUAGCUCUACAGACUGUCGCAUACAGCAUUUUAUGGGACCUUAAGUUUUUGAUGAGAAAUCUGGCCCUCGGAGGUGGUCUGCUCCUGCUGCUGGCUGAGUCCCGUUCAGAAGGAAAGAGCAUGUUCGCUGGAGUUCCCUCCAUGGGGGAGAGUUCACCGAAGCAGUACAUGCAGCUGGGAGGCCGAGUCCUGCUCGUCCUCAUGCUCAUGACUCUGUUACACUUUGAUUCCAGUUUCUUCUCUAUCCUGCAGAAUAUGGUGGGAACUGCCCUCAUCAUCCUCGUGGCCAUCGGCUUCAAAACCAAACUGGCUGCCUUGACCCUUGUCGUGUGGCUUUUUGCCAUCAAUGUGUACUUCAACGCUUUCUGGACCAUCCCCGUCUACAAGCCGAUGCAUGACUUCCUCAAGUAKGACUUCUUCCAGACCACCUCGGUCAUCGGUGGCCUGCUGCUGGUGGUGGCGCUGGGGCCCGCUGGGGUUUCCAUGGAUGAGAAAAAGAAAGAGUGGUAGAGCGUGGCUAAGGAAUGGCACAGCACCACUAACGCCCCUCAACACCCGGGACACAGAGACCUUCCCUCUCUUCCUGCCCACCACGAUACAGUUGUUGUUCUUUUUUCUGCCAUCAGUUGACAGCUUGUUUUCAGUUUUUGCUUCAGCCUCACUUUUUAAAAUUGUCGGACAUGCCUUUUUUAAUUUUUUUUGGUAAUUUUGAUCUUUUUUUUUCACAACAGCAGGACAAAAGCUUGUUUUCUUCAGUGCAAGAAAUACAGUAAAGUUUAUUCUAUAUGCCRGAAGAAAAAUAAAAGUAAUUCAUUGUGUUUUACAGAUGUUAUGCYAUAAGUUAUAGAAUGAUUUUCAUCUAGUUUUUUGAAUGAAAGGGUAGUUCUGAUGAAGUGCA